AUGAUACUUAGCGACGAAUGUAUCGGGGCCUAUGAAUAUGACCCAGAGGGACGAGCAAUGGCGCCAAGUUUACUCGUGCCUUCCGACGACUCAGACGGCGGCGACUGCGAACGAAGACCACCAAGACGACGAUUCUUCCAAAAAUCCGGGAGAGGUUCGAGGAAAUUACUGGUCGACAUAGGAGUUCCCCACUGCGUUCUCCUUUGCAUACUCUUCAUUUCAAUCUUUUUUGUGGCUGCCAACACCUACAGCCUCUCGAGACGAUACAGCGAGCUGUCGCAGAGCUUGUCAGCUCUGAGCACGAUGCACAGCAAAAUGCAAACAAUCGAGUUGCAACUACGCAAAACACGAAUGGAAUUCGAUUUAUGGAAAGAGAACACCCAGCCUCAGUCGAACCAAACCACAAACACAACUGACUACAUCUACGACGUUCUGGAAAAGCUGUCAACGGAAAUUAAAGAGAUGAAGAAGAAGGUAGCAGUGUCUUCCUCUGUGACAGAAGAAGUUACGCGAAGGGUGUCUACGGUCGAGACGAGGUGCCUGAAUGUCUGUCGAACGCCAACAAUGGAAAGGGAUAAGCCAAGACGACAUCUAACCGAAAGACGCCGUAUUCAUGCUGGGGUGUUGACUUCGGUCAAGUCGUAG